AUGGCGACAUCUGAGAAGACAGUGUACGAGUUGUACUGUGGUCAGAAAUACUAUUUAUACGUUGAGAAAUGCCUCAUGGUGCUUUUUUCAACUGCAGAACUUCUUGCGACCGAUUGGGACGAAGCUGUGCUAGCACUAACCGUCUCUGCAGCAGUCGUUUUCAUCAUAGCUUCGGACAUGGUUUUCAUUAUCGUUGUUCUUGUCCCUUCCAUAGUGCUUAAUUCUUCCAUUGUCGUAUUCGCCAUCUGA